CACCUGAAGCAGACAACACAAGAGGGAGACCCCGGAGAAGACCCAAGACACACUGGAGGGACGAUGUUUCUCAGCUGGCCUGGGAAUGUCUUGGGCUCCCACAGAGGACACACAGGAAGUGUGGAGGAAGUCUGGGAGCCCUUGCUCAUACUGCUGCCCCCACAACCCAGACGAAGAUGAGCAGAAAAAAAAUGAACGGAUGCAUCUCAAACUCUGCACAACAUGGCGCUGAAAAACCUGGCCGUGGUCCUCCUGCUGGUGUUCCUGUGUCUGGACUGGGGCACGGCCAAAGAGAAGGGGACCAAGAAGGGCAAGAAGAAAGGGAAGCAAGUUUACUGUCCAUCGCAGCUGUCAUCCGAAGAUCUGGCGAAGGUCCCUGCCAAUUCCACCAGUAACAUCUUGAACAGGUUACUGAUCAGCUACGAUCCACGAAUACGGCCCAACUUCAAAGGAAUUCCAGUGGAGGACCGCGUCAACAUCUUCAUCAACAGCUUCGGCUCCAUCCAGGAGACCACCAUGGAUUACCGAGUGAACAUCUUCUUGCGACAGCGCUGGAAUGACCCUCGUCUGAAGCUGCCUCAGGAGUUUAAGUCCGAGUCCCUCACAGUGGACCCCAAAAUGUUCAAGUGUCUGUGGAAACCAGACCUGUUCUUCGCCAAUGAGAAGAGCGCCAACUUCCACGACGUCACGCAGGAGAACAUCCUGCUGUUCAUCUUCAGGAACGGAGAUGUGCUCAUCAGUAUGAGGUUGUCCAUCACCCUCUCCUGCCCAUUGGACCUGACCCUCUUCCCCAUGGACACCCAACGCUGCAAGAUGCAACUGGAAAGCUUUGGCUACACCACAGACGACCUGCAGUUCAUGUGGCAGACAGGAGACCCGGUGCAGAUGGACGCCAUCGCUCUGCCUCAGUUUGACAUCAGACAGGAGGACAUCGACUACGGCAACUGCACCAAGUUCUACGCAGGCACAGGCUACUACACCUGUGUGGAGGUCAUCUUCACCCUAAGGCGACAGGUGGGCUUCUACAUGAUGGGUGUGUACGCCCCCACCCUGCUCAUCGUGGUGCUGUCCUGGCUCUCCUUCUGGAUUAACCCUGACGCCAGCGCAGCCCGAGUACCCUUAGGCAUUCUCUCCGUGCUGUCCCUGUCCUCUGAGUGCACGUCCCUGGCCUCAGAGUUGCCUAAAGUGUCCUACGUGAAGGCCAUAGACAUCUGGCUCAUCGCGUGUCUGCUGUUUGGGUUCGCCUCGCUGGUGGAGUACGCCGUGGUGCAGGUCAUGCUCAACAGUCCCAAACGCAUCGAGGCGGAGAAGGCCAAGAUGGCGGCAAAAGAGAAGGCGCUGGGGAGGAGCCAGGCUGCACGGAACAACACAGUGAACGGGACCGGAGGCACGCCGCUGCACGUGAGCACGCUACAUGUGGCAGAGACGCGCUGUAAGAAAGUAUGCACCUCCAAGUCAGACCUGCGCACCAAUGACUUCAGCAUCGUGGGCUCCCUCCCGCGGGACUUUGAGCUCUCGAACUUUGACUGCUACGGCAAGCCCAUCGAGACAGGCGGAGUCCACGGCAAGUCCCAGGCCAAGGGAGGAAAGAAGGCCCCGCCCCAACCGGUCAUCCCGUCGGCCGCCAAGAGGAUCGACCUGUACGCCAGAGCACUCUUCCCCUUCUCCUUCCUCUUCUUCAACGUCAUCUACUGGUCCAUUUACUUGUGA